GCCUUGCAAGAGGACUGCGCACCCGAACCGGCUUUCUGCCAGGCCCCGGGGCUGUGCUUUCAUGCUCCAGCAGCUACCCCCUUCUAGCUUAUGCAAGCAGGUUUGGCGGUUGCUAUGUUAAAGCUGCUUGUCCUUGGAAUAUUGCUUCAUGGUGUUUCAUUGAGUGGCCAAGAUGAGGCUCCUCCCAAGGCUGAUGGCAUUCCAGGCGAACCUCUGUUCGACUAUGCCAGUAUCCGCUUGCCCGAGGAGCACAUUCCCUUCUUUUUGCACAAUAAUAGGCAUAUUGCCACAGCCUGUAAGAAAGACUCAUAUUGUCCUUAUAAGAAACACUUAGAAAAUCUAAAAUACUGCUGGGGUUAUGAGAAAUCCUGCAGACCAGAGUUCAGGUUUGGCUACCCUAUCUGCACCUAUGUCGACAUGGGAUGGACAGAUACCCUUGAAUCUGCCCAGGACAUAUUCUGGAAACAGGCUGACUUUGGAUAUGCAGGAGAACGGCUAGAGGAACUGCUUGUGCUCUGCCAGCCUAAGGAAACGCAUGACUCAAGUCUGGUGUGUUCCCGUUACCUUCAGUACUGCAGAGCAGCCAAUCUCUAUCUUGAUUUAAGAAACAUCAAGAGAAACCAUGACAGAUUUAAGGAAGAUUUUCUCCAGAGUGGUGAAAUCGGAGGACACUGUGCACUGGACACGCGAAUGUUGACGUCUCAAGGUCAGCGCAAAAGCCCUCUGCAGUCUUGGUUUGCUGAGCUACAAAGCUAUACUCAGCUCAACUUCAGACCUCUAGAAGAUGCUAAAUGUGAUGUUGUUAUUGAAAAACCAACCUAUUUCAUGAAACUGGACGCAGGUGUGAACAUGUAUCACCACUUCUGUGACUUUAUCAAUCUUUAUAUCACUCAGCACAUCAAUAAUUCAUUCAGCACAGACGUAUACAUCGUGAUGUGGGACACAAGCUCCUAUGGAUACGGUGACCUGUUCUCUGACACCUGGAAAGCCUUUACAGAUUAUGACGUUAUACAUUUGAAAACUUAUGAUUCCAAAAGGGUAUGUUUUAAAGAAGCUGUUUUUUCCUUACUCCCCCGGAUGCGAUACGGGCUGUUCUAUAAUACCCCUUUGAUUUCUGGCUGUCAGAACACAGGCUUAUUCCGGGCAUUUUCCCAGCAUGUGCUUCACAGACUGAACGUCACACAAGAGGGACCCAAGGACGGAAAAAUCCGAGUCACCAUCCUUGCACGGAGCACAGAAUACCGGAAAAUACUAAACCAAAAUGAGCUGGUAAAGGCACUGAAAACAGUGUCUACGUUCGAGGUACAGAUUGUCGAUUACAAAUACAAGGAACUUGGGUUUUUGGAUCAGCUGAGGAUCACUCAUAACACGGACAUAUUUAUUGGAAUGCAUGGAGCUGGUCUUACCCAUUUACUUUUCCUUCCAGACUGGGCUGCUGUAUUUGAACUGUACAACUGUGAAGAUGAGCGCUGUUACUUAGACCUGGCCAGGCUCAGGGGCAUCCACUACGUCACCUGGCGAAGGCAGAACAAAGUCUUUCCUCAGGAUAAGGGCCACCACCCAACUCUGGGGGAACAUCCGAAAUUUACCAACUACUCUUUCGAUGUGGAAGAAUUCAUGUAUCUUGUCCUUCAGACUGCAGACCACGUAGUACAACACCCAAAGUGGCCAUUUAAGAAAAAACGUGAUGAGCUAUAAGUGUGCUGAAUCAGUUUGCAAAAGUCUCUUUGUUUCAAUAGUCCACCACCCAGCCUCAUGUUUAAGUCAGCAAAAUACCUUGUUAUAUCCUAGCCCCAAGUUACCUUUUCUAUACCAAAACAUGCCUUCAGGAUAGUACUUAAGUGUUUUAGAGUCUUCAACUGUUUCCUGUGAUUUUUGUGUCAUAGCUAUUUAUCAAGAUACUGUUUUUGCACUGAAAACUUUAUUCUUCAUAGUUCAAAAAUAAGGCUGUACUAGGCUCGCUAGUACAUUUGAGCUUCUUAGGUCUACCAAAGUUUUCACGUUUCUUGACUUUAGAAUUUGUAAAUGUUUUUGUA